AUGAUGGCGGCCCAGAAGGCCUCCUGCAUCGUGUGGUUGGUCGGGCUGCUGGCCCACAGCGUGCCCACCGCAGUGUCUCUCUACACGGGGCCCACUCUCAGCGUGACGGGAGAUCUGAUGACGUCACCCGCGACUGAGACCUCUGCGUGGUCCUGCACCUCGGUCGGGGCGGGCAGCUUCUCCGCCCAGUACAACUCCUACAUCUCUGGCAGCACCAUCGUUGUUACCAACAAUGCGGGAAGCCAGCGGGGGCGAGCAUACUACACGUGGGCAAACACGGGGGGGUUCAGGAUCAGCUUCGACAUGUACCAGGGCGGUGGGACAGGCGCUGACGGUAUGUGCAUGAAGUACGGAGGUUAUGAUUAUGGCGAACAAGGCGAGCUAAUCGCCGGGAACGGCUUUUCUGUAUGCUUUGACUCCUACGACAACGGCAACGAUCACGGCGUGGUGAUGGGAUGGAAUGGCGCGACCAUAUUUUCAGAAACAGGCACGGGAUACUGGAGUCACCAAGUUCCCCUCUUCGAGGAUUCCACUUGGCACAAUGUAGUGGUGCAGGUCACGCCCAGCGGCAGCGGUGCUAAUGUGAUACUGAAUUUUGACAACGCUUACUACUACAAAACUGCGUGGAUCAGUAGCUUCUCAUCUCCAGUUGGUAGCCAACAGGUAGCCUUCACUGCAAGAACUGGUGGUUCCACCAACUGGCACUAUGCCAAGAACGUCCAGGUGUGCAGCGUUGCGACUCCGAGCCCAACGCCGUACCCGACGCCGUACCCGACGCCGUACCCGACGCCCAACCCGACGCCCAACCCGACGCCGUACCCGACGCCGUACCCGACGCCGUACCCGACGCCGAACCCGACGCCCAAUCCGACGCCGUACCCGACGCCGUACCCGACGCCUUUUCCGACGCCGUACCCAACGUCGUACCCGACGGCCUUCCCGACGCAGUACCCGACUGCCUUUCCGACGCCGUACCCGACACCGUACCCGACGCCGUACCCGACGGCCUUUCCAACGCCGUACCCGACGGCCUUCCCGACGCCGUACCCGACAGCGUUUCCAACGCCGUACCCGACGGCCUUUCCAACGCCGUACCCGACGGCCUUCCCGACGCCGUACCCGACGGCGUUUCCAACGCCGUACCCGACGGCCUUUCCAACGCCCUUCCCGACGCCGAGCCCGACGCCCAGCCCGACGUAUCCUCCAGGUUGGCCGACGCCGCAUCCGACGUUUCCCGCGGCGCCCGUGGCCGGCGGCGCAGCUGGCGGAGGCGCGGCUGCCACUGGCGACCCACACCUUCAGAACGUUCACGGCGAGCGGUUCGAUCUGAUGCAGCCGGGCACACAUGUUCUGAUAAACAUUCCCCGUGGAAUGAGCGUUAAGAAUGCAAUGCUUCGUGUGCAAGCCGACGCGCGCCGACUGGGCGAACGAUGCGCGGAGAUGUAUUUCCAGGAAGUGAACGUUACAGGGUCUUGGGCGGAGGCCAAGCGAGCUGGAGGAUAUCAUUACAGCGUAUCACAGAGCGCAGCCGAUACUCCAGAAUGGGUUGCUUUUGGUACGGUUCAGCUGAAAAUCGUUCAUGGACGUACGGGCAAUGGCCUCCAGUAUUUGAAUGUUUACGUCAAGCAUUUAGGGCGAGCAGGGCUUGCCGUAGGAGGUCUGCUAGGCGAAGACGACCACAGGGACGUGAUGAUUCCACCAGCGUCUUGUGUCAAGCAUACGUCCCUGCUAGAAGUGAGCAGCCAGACUCUUCCUUCCGUGUCGUCGGUUGCAAUGGCAACCUUCGCGUGA